UGGGUAUGAGUUUCUUGCUGAUGUCUAAGACUCGUGGUUUAUGUGGAUGGCUUGAAACUGGGGCGCUGUUGAAGAAGAGGUCAUAAAACUCCACCGAAAUGAACUGUGACAAUGACACCCAUUGCCACAGCACCACAAACUGAAGGCAAUUCAAGGAGAUCGCUCUUGUGUUUGAUUGUGUAUGUGUAUGUGAUGCUACCUAGGAGUUUCCAAAGAAGUCAAACACCAUUACUCGUCCAUCCAGCCAGCCAUCUACAUACAUUCAUUCAUUCAUUCGCUUAAAGUCUAUGUCACUUCCUGUAAAUGAAAACAACAACCGUUGUUGGCCCCUUGCCCUAACUUCAGUUGUGCUUAAAUGUGGUUGGCUAGGUGUGUGUGUGUGUGUGUGAAGCGCUGAGCAUAUCAAGUCCACAGCCAGAUUUGAGAUUUGUGAGUGCUUCUCACGAUAAUCAACCUUAAAUAGAAAUGACAUAAUUGCAUCAAUCUUGGCGGCACAAAACAAAAACAAAAACACACACUAUUUUCCAUUUCUCUGUUUCAAAAAAACACACACACACACACACACAUACACACAAACAAAGCAAAAGGAGAAUGAAUAAAAAAGUAAUGCCAUAUUGGCAACAAACAAAAAACGAACGCGACAAGAAAUAUCCCCAACACAAGACUAGUGGAGAAAAAACUCAGCAAUAGAAAAUCCUAUGAAAAUCUUUUUGUUGUUUUACCUCCUCAACCCCGUCAUCUGUCUUUUUCUUCUUUCGAGAAGGGAGAAAAGCAUAACAAAUCGUCCCAAUAAAAGCGAACAAUGCGAGCAUAUGAAGAAGAGUACAAAAAAAGCAGAGGAAAAACAGCUCGUCUCUACCAAAUGAAGCAACACAAAAUAUUCGAACAGAAAACUCUCGGAAAGACAGACAAGCAACAAAUUGAAAGAAAACCCCCCUGGAAGAGAUUUUCCUUAUGCUGUUGCCGUCAAGGGAACACCAACAAAUGAUAGCCUCUCGGGCAAGAUUACGUUGCGGAUUUUUUGCAUCAUCAUCCAUUAGUUUUGAUAACUUACAUGGUCCCAAGUUCAGCUGGAACCCGCUUUAAAGUCAAAAUCCAAGGAUUUUUAUGCAAUAUCUGCCCCACAAAUCUCAGCAACAGUCAACGAGACCUCAGUCUGGUGCAUUCAUGUUUUUUUGCACCGAAAACUUAUACCGAUAGUGGACGAAGCCUCUCUUAUAUCAAAAAGAGGCACAGCUGUACUGCCAUAUUCAAUCGUGGUAUUUUUGGAAGACUUGUCCAAAGGCCGGCAUUUUCAUAUCCACUACCACUGAUUUCUGCCCUGCAUAAUGACUGGAAAAAUCGGGAGGGAUAUUUCCACAUUGGCCUCGAUUCUCCAAUUUUCCAUAAACUGGUUUACAAUAUGGUGAUGGAUCUUAGGAAGAACACGAUCAAUAACACAGCGUGA